CUGUGGGAAAAAUACAUGUUUUACGGAGGCAAAUUAAAGUGCGAGCCCGGACCACACAGUAGCAACGGCCAGCUGAGGGAUUUUACCCGCAAGCGUGCAAGCUUCCUCAUCUGCAAAAAAGGAUCGUAAAUGUAUCUAUUGCCAACUGAAUUUUUCUGUUUGGUCUGAAUUUGGGAGAAAGAACAAGAAAGGAAAAAGGGGCAGUGGAAAAGAGAGCAGAAGACCAGGGGGUGCCGGAAAAAGAAAGAAGAAGAGGAAACAGGGUACAAAUAAGAGGAGAGAAAGAAAGGACAGAGCAACCGUCAGCACUCACCCCACAGAGUAUAAAGGAAAAGACAAGGUGAAGAGAUGAAGCCACUAAAGAAACAGGGGGGGCGCUCUCCCCCCUCCACACGGGCCAAAGGGGGGAAGAAGAGAGGGGUGACACAGACCCCCCCAGAGAGGGACAACAGGAACAAACUCAGGAAGGAGAACCAAGACGGACAGCCUCAAACCACGCCCCCCGCCCACUCGCCACGGAAACAAUCCACAACCACCUCUGACAGCUCUCAGCGGGAGCCAAUCAGAGGCAGCGAGACCCCAAAGAAGGAGGGGCCUAGAGAGCAGCUGCCGCCAAGGCAACCUGAAGAUAAAGAGAAGACUGAGGACAACAGAGGGGGGGUUGGGGGUAAACCAGGGGGGCCUAACAGCACCCCCACCACCACCCAUAACAACACCCUCACCAUCCCCACCCCCACUACCAGUCCCAGCCCUACCUCCAUGUCCAGUAGGAAAACAGCCACCUUCAAGGCCAGAGUCCCUAAGAAGAAGUACAUCGCUGAACACUAUGCAGGUAGCAACGCGCCCAGCCUCACCUUCACCCCUGCCCCCAUGCACAACAGCCACAGUAACUACAACAGCAGCAGCAGUAACAACAGUAGUACUAGCAGUAGUAUUAACAUCAUCAACAGCAGUAGUACUAACAGUAAUAAUACCAUUAGUAACAGUAGUAGGACUAACACUACUAUUAAUGGUAUUAACAGUGGUACUAACAGCAUUAGUAACAGCCAUAGUAGCAGCUCAGUCAGCCACUCGUUAGCCCCCAAUGUGUCCAAUGAGGAGAGGAAUGUAGCUGCUAGCAGCCACAGCCAUAGCUCGGGGGAACAGGGGACGACAGGGGCCUCCAUAGGGCCCAACAAUGGCAGUGUGGCCCCCCAGGACAGAGAGAGAGACCCCCAGGGUGGGGAGGCAGAGGGGGCCCCUAACUCAGUACGCUCCGUAUCCACUGAUACAGCCAGCGAGCACGAUCUAGAGGUGAACUCCCAGCCCAGUACCAGCCCUGCUAGAGCCCCCUACCAUGGCAGCCUGCCCCCUUACUCUGCUACUACCUCCCAGCCCGGCCCCAGCCCCAACCAGAGCCACAGAAAGGGCAGUCUGUCAGGGGUGGAUGCCCUGGCCAAAGGCCUGAAGAACCAGAGAGUUCUAGCCCGCUGUCGACAGAGAGAUAGACUUAACAGAGAGGAAAGUGGGAGGGAGAGAGAGAGGGAUGUACCCCUGUCUCCUAUGUUCAGGACUGGGGUGGUGCGGAGGGUGAGUGGGGGCAGCGCUGAUAUCCAGCUGCAGGGGGAGGAGGGGAUACUCUGUUACCCCUUCCAGGGGGGGACCGCACUCCCAGAGGGGGAGGAAACGAGCGUGGAGUUCAUCCUGGACGCCCCCCCUCCCGGCACGGCUUCCGUGGCCAUUGGGACACGCGGUGCUACUGUGUGA